UUUGAGAUCGAUCUCUCACUUUGAUUCUUUCUUCAUGGAUAAUCAUAAACCCUCGCCGGUGAAAAUUCUUGAGCAUUACAAGGUCUCUCCACCUCCAAAUUCAACAAAACCAACCUCAUUUUCUCUCACUUUCUUUGACAUUCCUUGGCUUUUCUUCCCUCCCAAUCAGACUCUCUUCUUCUAUGAAUAUCCUUACCCUACUUCCCAUUUUCUCUCCACCACUCUCCCCGACCUCAAGCUCUCUCUCUCCGUCACUCUUCAACACUUCUUCCCUUUCGCUGGAACCUUAAAACUCCACCCACAAGCCUCCAUAAACAAACCCCACAUUGUUUACUCCGAAGGUGAUUACAUUUCACUCACCAUUGCUGAAUCUACGGACGAUUUUAACCAUUUAUCAGCCAAUCAUCAACGUUUUACUAAAGAAUUUUACCCUCUAGUGCCACAUUUACCAAGCAUCAACCAAACUUUAAAUGAAACUGUCCUUCCCUUACUAGCAGUGCAAAUAACAGUUUUUUCUAGCGUUGGUAUAUGUAUAGCAUUUGCAUAUCACCAUGUUGCUGCAGAUGGAAGGACGUUUAAUCAUUUCAUGAAGACAUGGAGCUCAUUUUACAGAGACCGCCAUGACUCUUCUUCUUGCUUGUUGAAGUCCCUGCAGCCGUUUUAUGAUCGUUUAGUUAUAAAAGACACCAAUGGGCUCGGAGAAAUCUUCUUGAAUGAAUGGUGCAAUCGAAGAUUUAACCAGAUCAGUGUAGAUUUUGGUAACAUGGUUCGAGCUACAUUACUGGUUAGCCCGAUUGAUAUGGAGAAGAUCAAGCAAUGGAUUAUUUCUCAAUGCAAGAAGAAGAAUAGGUCAAACCCAACACAUUUAUCACCUUCGAAUCUAACUUGUGCUUUUGUUUGGGUUUGUUAUAUGAAAGCACAAGCUAGAGUAGAUGAUAAAAAUUUUAGCCACAAGGAUGUUAGUUACUUCGGGUUCAAUGCGGGCGCCAUAACCCGAUUGGAUUAUCCGGUACCCGCCUCAUAUUUUGGAAAUUGUAUAGGUUUUGCUCGUUGCAUGGCAAGAACUGGUGAAUUAUUAGGAGAAGAUGGGAUAAUUGUUGCUGCAAAUCAGAUUGGAAACAAGGUUAAAGAGUUGGAUAAAUCAAUAUUAGAAGGGGCAGAGAAAUGGAUAUCGGAUUAUGAAGUGUUUUUCGGAUCGGAGCUCCAUGUUACUAUAGCCGGGUCACCGAAAUUGGACUUGUAUCAGACUGAUUUUGGGUGGGGAACGCCUAAGAAAAUAGAGGAGAUUUCUAUAGACAAAAUGAGAGGCAUUUCAUUUAGUGAGAGCAGAUUUCUGAAGGGUGGAAUCGAAAUUGGGUUGGCUUUACCAAAGGGCAAAAUGGAUGCUUUCAACUCUAUCUUCACUCAACAUCUCAAAUUUCUUCAAUGAAAU